AUGAGCAAGCCCCUAGCUCCAGGGCUGCUGCUCCCCACAGCCAGCCUGCCUCGCUUCCCGGAAGACAUCCGCGCUUCACCCGAACUCGCAGACUUGUUUUUGUUGUCCCUCGGCCCCCUCUGCGGAUUGGCUGAGCUCGAGGGGGCGGGCUUAUCUGGCGUUCUACUCGGUGAUUGGCUGAGACGACCUUCAGGGGCGGGGCCCUUUCCGAGCCCGGCGGCUUCUGCGAUUGGCUGGGAAGCCCGGAGCUGGAGAGCAGCGUUUACCGGCGGGGCGGCCGGUCUUGUGAAUGAAGCUAUGGCUACAGAUUCUCCCAGAAGACCCAGUCGCUGUACUGGUGGAGUUGUGGUUCGUCCCCAAGCUGUCACAGAACAGUCCUACAUGGAAAGUGUGGUGACUUUUCUACAGGAUGUUGUACCACAGGCUUACAGUGGAACUCCUUUAACAGAAGAAAAGGAGAAAAUAGUUUGGGUCAGAUUUGAAAAUGCAGAUUUAAAUGAUAUGUCAAGAAACCUAGAAUUUCAUGAAAUACAUAGCACUGGAAAUGAGCCACCUCUGUUGGUUAUGAUUGGCUAUAGUGAUGGAAUGCAGGUCUGGAGCAUCCCUAUCAGUGGGGAAGCACAGGAACUCUUUUCUGUCCGACAUGGCCCAAUUCGAGCAGCUCGAAUCUUGCCUGCUCCACAGUUUGGUGCUCAAAAAUGUGAUAACUUUGCUGAAAAACGGCCCCUCCUUGGUAUUUGUAAGAGCACUGGAUCUUCUGGUACAAGCCCACCUUACUGUUGUGUGGAUCUAUAUUCACUUCGUACUGGAGAAAUGGUCAAGUCUAUUCAGUUUAAAACACCUAUCUAUGAUCUCCAUUGCAACAAACGGAUCCUCGUUGUAGUCUUGCAGGAGAAAAUUGCUGCUUUUGACAGCUGUACUUUCACAAAGAAAUUUUUUGUCACAAGCUGCUACCCUUGCCCAGGGCCCAACAUGAAUCCUAUUGCUCUUGGGAGUCGCUGGCUUGCUUAUGCAGAAAACAAGCUCAUUCGAUGUCAUCAGUCCCGUGGUGGAGCCUGUGGAGACAACAUUCAGUCUUACACUGCUACAGUCAUUAGUGCUGCUAAAACACUGAAAACUGGACUGACAAUGGUUGGAAAAGUGGUGACUCAACUGACAGGUACCCUACCUUCUGGUGUGAAUGAAGACGACAUUGCUAUCCAUAGUAACUCAAGGCGGAGUCCUUUGGUACCAGGCAUCAUCACAGUUAUUGAUACUGAAACAGUUGGAGAAGGUCAGGUGCUUGUGAGUGAGGAUUCUGACAGUGAUGGAAUUGUGGCCCACUUUCCUGCUCAUGAGAAACCAGUUUGCUGUAUGGCAUUUAAUACAAGUGGAAUGCUUCUAGUCACAACAGACACCCUUGGCCAUGACUUUCAUGUGUUCCAAAUUCUGACACAUCCUUGGUCCUCUUCACAAAGUGCUGUCCAUCACCUCUACACUCUUCACAGAGGAGAAACUGAAGCCAAAGUACAAGACAUCUGCUUUAGCCAUGACUGUCGUUGGGUUGUGGUCAGCACACUCCGUGGCACAUCUCAUGUUUUCCCCAUCAACCCUUAUGGUGGCCAGCCUUGUGUCCGAACACAUAUGUCACCCCGAGUUGUGAAUCGGAUGAGCCGUUUCCAGAAAAGUGCUGGUCUUGAGGAGAUAGAACAAGAGCUGACAUCGAAGCAAGGAGGCCGCUGUAGCCCUGUACCUGGUUUAUCAAGCAGCCCUUCUGGCUCACCUCUACAUGGAAAAUUAAACAGCCAAGACUCAUACAAUAAUUUUGCCAACAACAACCCUGGCAACCCCCGACUUUCUCCUCUUCCCAGCUUGAUGGUAUUGAUGCCUCUUGCACAAAUUAAGCAGCCAAUGACAUUGGGGACCAUCACCAAACGAACAGGGCCUUAUCUGUUUGGAGCGGGGUGUUUUUCCAUAAAAGCUCCAUGCAAAGUUAAACCACCUCCACAAAUUUCACCUAGCAAAUCAGUGGGUGGAGAAUUCUGUGUGGCUGCAGUCUUUGGGACAUCCAGAUCAUGGUUUGCAAAUAAUGCAGGUCUGAAAAGAGAAAAAGAUCAGUCCAAACAAGUUGUAGUUGAGUCUCUCUACAUUAUUAGCUGCUAUGGGACCUUAGUGGAACACAUGAUGGAGCCACGGCCACUCAGCACCGCCCCCAAAAUUAGUGAUGACACCCCACUGGAAAUGAUGACAUCUCCCCGUGCCACCUGGACUUUGGUUAGAACUCCUCAGUGGAAUGAAUUGCAACCACCAUUUAAUGCAAAUCAUCCUCUGCUUCUUGCUGCUGAUGCUGUACAGUAUUACCAGUUCCUGCUUGCUGGCUUGGCUCCACCUGGAAGUCCUGGGCCCAUUACUCGACAUGGGUCCUAUGAUAGUUUAGGUUCUGACCACAGUGGGCAAGAAGAUGAAGAAUGGCUUUCUCAGGUAGAAAUUGUAACACACACUGGACCCCACAGACGUCUAUGGAUGGGUCCACAGUUCCAGUUCAAAACCAUCCAUCCCUCAGGCCAAACCACAGUCAUAUCGUCCAGUUCAUCUGUGUUGCAGUCUCAUGGUCCAAGCGAUACCCCACAGCCCCUGUUGGAUUUUGAUACAGAUGAUCUUGAUCUCAACAGUCUCAGGAUUCAGCCAGUCCGCUCUGACCCAGUCAGCAUGCCAGGGUCAUCCCGUCCUGUCUCUGAUCGAAGGGGAGUUUCUACCAUGAUUGAUGCUGCCUCAGGUACCUUUGACCGGAGUGUGACCCUGCUGGAGGUGUGUGGGAGCUGGCCCGAGGGCUUCGGGCUACGGCAUAUGUCUUCCAUUGAGCACACUGAGGAGGGCCUGCGGGAGCGGCUCGCUGAUGCCAUGGCCGAGUCGCCCAGCCGGGACGUGGUGGGCUCUGGAACAGACACAGCCCUUGACGUAGCCGUUAAAACCAUCACCCCUGAGAGACACAUGGCUGUGAAGUGUGUGGAGCUGCAGCGCGAGGGAAGCAUCGAGACUCUGAGUAACAGCUCAGGCUCCACCAGUGGCAGCAUCCCCAGAAACUUCGACGGCUAUCGCUCCCCACUGCCCACCAACGAGAGUCAGCCCCUCAGCCUCUUCCCGACUGGCUUCCCAUAGGGACCAGCGACCUGCUUCGGCCUGGCCGGCUGCUCCACUGCUGCAGGGAGUGGGGAGCACCCCAGCAUUCAGUCUCUGCUCCUCUUUUACCCACCACCUUCCCCAAGCUUCAUGCCAGCCGACACCUGCCCUACUGGACUGAGAAGAGACACUUCUUCAAAGCUCCUCACCAUCCUCUGACCUCUCCCCACCUGUCAUCAGGAGCUGUGGCCCAGAGAGACUGCAGAAGCUCUGCCCCCUUCCUUGUUUGCACAUAAUGUUCUGCAUUUGGAUCCGCUUUUGUAUUUUCUAACCAUACCCACUGGGGUCCUACGGGGAAAUGGGGGGAGUGUGGAGAGGGCAGCUGGCCAGGCCAAGCAUUUUGACCCUCAGUGGACACCCCCAGCCUAUCCCUCCUGGCUGUGCACAAUGACCGGCUUCCCUUGGCCAGCCUCCCUCUGGCAUGGGGUAAGCUGAGGCUCGGAGUAUUAGGGAUGGAGGAAGGAAAAAACCCACCUUCCUUUCCCCUCAGCUCAUGGAAAGGAUCUGUCUUUCUCUCUGGAAGCCCUUUUGCCCUGGUCCUGUACUGUUCAGUGACAAAAAAAAAAAAAUGUGGUAACUGAGGCUCUGUCAAAAAUUGCACGUCUUGUCCAAUAAAUCACGCUGCAAUUGGUGUCCA